AUGGAUAUUCAACUGGUUUUGGUGCCCUUGCGCGAUGAUUCAGUCAUGGAACUGACACAAGCCUCAAUGCAAGGGAACGUCGCCGCCGUUGAGGAGAUACUGCAGAGACCCCAAGACCCGAACCAGCGUACACUCAACCGGACAGCUAUUUCCAUAGCAGCAUCUUCUCGGCGGACCGAAGUAGUUGGCUUGCUUCUUGAGGCCCUGGCCAACCCGAACGAGGUCGACGACACGGAAAUCCCAGUGCUUGUGCAUGCAUGCCACGAAGGCAUGUCUGACGUUGUGAGCUUGCUGCUCCAAGCCAAAGCCUGCCCCGACUUGUCUGAAAAGUUUGGCAGCUCCGCUCUUUUCUGCGCCUCCAUGGGCGGCCACACCAACUGCGUGCAGAUGCUGCUGCAGGCCCGGGCAGACAUGGACAAGGCAGACGUUGAUGGCCUGACGGCUCUCCAGAACCACGAAGUGACAAUGCCCUUAGGGGUCCGGGUGCGCAUGAACUUCGGCUACAACGCCGAGCUGGCUGGCUCCGAACUCCUCCGUUGCUUGCCGGAGCUGCGGGCUGCCCCCAACACCGCCACCAACGGCGCCACCGCCGUGUGGGUGGCAGCUGACCGCGGUCACGCUGAAGCUCUAUCUCUACUCUUGGACGCGAGAGCAACCGCCGACUUAGCCGACAGGACUGGGACUCCACCCUUGCUGAGUGCAUGCAGGCGCCAGGACGUGCGAAUUGCGAGCAUCUUGCUAGCAGGGAUGGCCGACCCAAAUGUGGCUGACAGCAGGGGGACCACGGCCCUCAUUGAUGCAUCAGACGCCAACCGGCUGAACAUGGUGAACUUCCUGCUGGAGGCCGGUGCGGGCACAGACUGCGCGGACGUGAAUGGCGAGACGGCUCUGAUGCGGGCCGCAAAGCAAAACAACCACCUCAGGGUGGUCAACGCGCUCUUGGGAGCCAAGGCCGAUGCGUCCCUGGCAGACAAGGCGGCCACAACGCCACUCAUGCACGCAGCCAGCGAUGGCCAGACGGACAUGGUUCGCUCACUCCUGGAAGCCGCAGCUCCUCCUGACGCGCCGAUAAGAAUGACACGACGGCUCUGA